UAAAGCCGAACGAAGUGCAACAGCAACUUCUUCUCUCUCUCUCUGUCUCUCUGAACGACGAUGGCUAGCGGUGGUCUGAAGAGAAUGGUGGGUGCAGCAAUUGCUCAAGGAGUGGCCGAUGCACGAGCCAGGAUAUUCGGUCAUCAAUUGAACCCUACUGGCAAGAAAUCUGCGCACAAGGUUCUCCGCAUGAAGCUCUUUGGUGAGAAAGUUGCUCAAUGGUACCCCUAUGACAUCAACAAAGAUGACCCUCUUCUCAUGGCCCAAAAAGAACAAGAACGCUUAUCGAAGCUUGAAAUGUUGAAGCGGCGGGGAAAAGGACCACCCAAGAAGGGCCAAGGAAGGCGUGCUGCCAAGCGCAACAAAUAAAUUAUACUUUCACCUGUCUCUGAAACCAUAAUGUGGGUACUAUUUUGAGUUAAAGACAAGUAGUUAGUUGUUUCUGUAAAAGCAUUUUGAUUUUGAUUUAUGCUAUCAGAGUGAUAGAAUCCAUCUUACCUUUUUUUCCUGAGGGUAAACUUAAUGCACUCAGUCCAAACCAUUAGCCUAAUUUGGUUGGUGGCAGUAGAAGGUCUUUGUCCUUUUAUGUGCGUUUAAAUAUUCAGAAAUUGAUUCAGUCUACAUUGGAAGUUGGAAUGCAAUCACAAGGUUAUGAACUAGACUUUUUCGCAUUAAUUUUGUUA